AUGGAUCUUCCAUCAAUGCUUUUCUACCUGGGCACAGUAUUGGUGCCAUGGUGCUAUGGAUUCAGCGUGGAUGUGGAUACGCCAACUAUCUUCCAAGGGCAUAGCCAGAGUUUUGGGAUAAGUAUUGCCCAGAAUGGGAAUAGGGUGCUUAUCGGGGCCCCAUUCGAGACAGGAAAGGUGAACGAAACAGGCAAACUCUACCAGUGCACCUACCCUUUUGGUGACUGUAAAGAGAUUAGCAUCCAACGACCAAGCGAUGCUUUCAAUAUGUCCCUUGGUUUGUCCUUGGUUGCUCUGAAUGAUCAGGUCCUGGUGUGUGGCCCCACUGUGCACCGGGCCUGUGGGAAAAAUAUGCAUGCAAAUGGCUAUUGUUUUCUGCUGGAUCAAAAUCUGCAAGAAAAGGAACGCUUUCCAGAAUCAUUGCCAGAAUGCACCCCUCAUCCAACUGACAUUGUCUUCCUGAUUGAUGGCUCAAGCAGCAUCCAGAAGGCAGAUUUUGAAAAGAUGAAGCAAUUUGUUUCUGAGGUCAUCGAGAAUCUGUCUGGCAGAGAUAGCUUGUUUGCUCUCAUGCAGUUUUCAGGGAACUUCAGGGAACAUUUUAAUUUCAAGAGUCAAAACCCCGCACGCCUCGUAAUGGAAGUGGAGCAGCUGCAUGGAUGGACCAAAACAGCCUCAGCCAUCCGCAAAGUUGUGAGGGAACUGUUUAUUGCAGAAAAGGGAUCCCGGCAUGGGGCGAUGAAGAUCCUGAUUGUGAUAACCGAUGGAAGCAAGAGGAACGACAUUGCUCAGUAUUGGCAGGUGAUACCAGAGGCUGAGCAAGCCGGGAUCAUCCGUUAUGCUAUCGGGGUUGGCAGUGCUUUUUCAACAGACAAAGUCCAACAGGAACUGAAAGACAUUGCAUCUGAGCCAGAUGAUGACCACGUUUUCAAAGUCAAUAAUUUUAACGCUUUGAAAAGCAUCCAGGACCAGUUGCAGAACAAAAUCUUUGCCAUUGAAGGCACCCAGUUCCAGAGAAGCAGUUCCUUCCAGAUGGAAAUGUCCCAGGAAGGUUUAAGUGCCCUGCUGAUCCCGAAAGGCCCUGUCCUUGGAGCUGUGGGAGCCUAUGACUGGUCUGGAGGGGUGAUUUUAUAUCAAACCAGCAACCAGGACCCAGCAUUUAUUAAUAUCUCCAGCACCCUCAAAGAUAUGAGUAAUUCAUAUCUUGGCUAUUCUUCUCAGCCUGUCCAGUUCAAUGGGAGGAAUGGUCUGGUAGUGGGAGCCCCUCGCUAUGAUCACAUCGGCAAAGUUGUUUACUUUGAGAAUGAACCCCUGAGCAGGGAAUGGCGACCGAAGAUGGAGGAAGUAGGAGAACAGGUUGGUUCUUACUUUGGAGCAACUUUAUGCUCAGUGGACCUCAACCAAGACACUAACACAGAUUUGGUUCUGGUUGGAGCUCCCAUGUACUACGAUGCCAUUACAGGAGGAAGGGUUCACAUCUGUCUUUUUAAGAAUGAAGCAUUUUCUUGCACGGAUAGCAGCACAGCUUUGAAAGGCCAGCCAGGACACACGUUUGGCCGCUUUGGGGCCAGCAUUGCAGAAGUGGGUGACAUCACUGGGGAUAAAUGGACGGAUGUGGCCAUUGGUGCUCCCUUGGAGGAUGAGAAUGCGGGAGCUGUGUAUAUAUUUUCAGGGGAAAGGGCAUCGAUCCAGCCCUGUUAUGUUCAGCGCAUUGAAGGACAGAAGUUUUCUGGAAGGUUCUUUUAUUUUGGCCAAGCUAUCAGUGGAGGAACAGAUCUUACGGGGGAUGGACUGCAGGACAUCAUUGUGGGACAACAAGGAAGAGUUUUGCUGAUGAGGUCCCGUCCUGUUCUGCAAGUGAAAGUCUCCAUCACGUUCCGCCCACCUGCCAUCCCCACCUCAGUCUUCCAGUGGCAGAGGACAACGCCUCUGGAGAACGUGGGCAGCAUGGCAGAAGUGUGCUUUACUGUUUCGAAAAUCACUCAGGAUUUCCUAGAUGAAAUCCGUAGUGCGCUCUGGUACAGCCUGGCCCUGGAUUCUCACAGAGCACACGCUCGAGCCUCCUUCAGUUCCAAGUCUCCUGUCCUGCAAGCAAACUUUUCAGCUGGACUUGAGCAGAAGUGCCAGAACCACUGGAUUGAGCUGCCUGUUGGCACCGAGGAUACCUUGACACCCAUCACCUUAGAGCUGAAUUAUAACCUCAUGGGGAAAUCCAUCACUAAAGUCCCAGAUCUCCGGCCCAUCCUGAGCGAACGGUCAAAGCAAAACUACACAGCUGAGCUCCCCUUUGAGAAGAACUGUGGCAGUGACGGGCAAUGUGAAGACAUUUUGCAAACCUCAUUUACUUUCUCAGGCCUGGAAACUUUAGAUGUGGGUUUGACUCCCAAGUUCAACAUAACAGCCUCCCUUCAGAACCUCGGGGAGGAUUCCUACCGCAGCACUUUAUGCAUCUUCUACCCUGCACGGCUGUCCUAUCGCAAAGUCACAUUGCUGCAACAGGCCAGCAGAAAGGUGGCGCGGGUCCAGUGCCACUCAGCCCCUGCCCGGGAGGAAGAGGCCUGCCGGAAUUCCACCUGCAGUGUCAACCACCCUAUUUUCUGGAGUGGAGCAGAGGCUAUUUUUGUUGCCACAUUUGAUGUCUCCCCGCAUGUUGAUCUAGGAGACACACUGCAGAUCACAGUCAAAGCUGACAGUGAAAAUGGGGGCACCACCAUCAAGGACAUCAGUUAUGAAGCCACCUUGCCUGUCAGAUACGCUGUGUACCUCCUUAUCAACACGGUCGAUGAGUCUACCACGUAUGUGAACUUCACCGCAGGCCAGGAAGAAGCACGCAAGACGGUUGAACAUCGAUAUGAGGUGAAGAAUCUUCGUAAACGAAGCAUCCCUUUCAGGGUGACAUUUCAGAUACCAGUAAAACUGAAAGGGAUUCCUGUUUGGAACGUGUUUCAAGUCAUUCCUUCUGAGCCUGAAGUGGCCAAGUGUGACUUGGAGAGAGAAACUCCAGGCUCCAAGAAUCUUCUGGCAAAGGAGCCACAUCCCCAGCUGGACUGCUCCGUUGCCUCCUGCAAAAUAAUCUGUUGUGACAUUUUGUCACUGAAGAUGCAGAAAAAGCCACUGGAGUUCAGGAUCAAAGGAGACAUCAAUUUCCACUGGACGUCUCAGAUCCAACAGAAGAAAGUUAGUUUGGUGAGCUCCGCACAGAUUUCUUAUGACAAGAGAAAAUACACGCAAGAGGAGGGCUUUCCACAAACUCAGGCGCAGACAAUGGUGGAGCAGAUCGAGAUCCACAACAGCCUCCCGGUUAUCAUUGGCAGCUCUUUGGGAGGUUUAAUCCUUCUAGUUCUCACAACUACAGCCUUGUAUAAGGUUGGGUUCUUCAAGCGUCAAUACAAGCAGAUGCUGGAGGAGGCCGGAGCUGAGAAUGAAGCCGUUGGUCCAUCCUCACCAAAUAUAGAGUCCUCCUAGCAAAGACCUUGUCUCCUCCUAAUAAUCCUGCUGAGUCUUUUCAGAUGUUCAGAUGGAGCUCUGUUUUGAGCACCUAAGAAAAGGUGUGCCAGAUGAGUUCAUCAACCAAUUUAUUACAGUGCCCUCAAGAUACUUCAGAAAAGCCCAGAAGGCAGAACUAAAGCAGAAUCCAUCCUUUCUUCUUGCUCACAGUAACUGAUAUGUAUUCCCUGCCUCUAAACACAAGAUGUCUGCUGAUUUGGGCUGAUUGACAGACCCUGCCUACAUGUAUGUUUCAUAUCCCUUUAAAAAUUUGUCUAAGCUGAUGGCUGUCUUCCUGAGAUCUUUUGAUAUCUCUCCUUGACUGGAAAGAUCCAGCUUCUGACACCCAUGUUGAGAAGUGGUAACAACUUGUUUUGAGCGCGCUGGUUGAAAUCAAGCUUUCUCUCUUGAAUGGAGAACAUACAUGCCUCUUCCUCUUAUUUGGUCGUGAGAGGCAAGAAAUCAUGGAAAAGGUGGUUGGUCUUCUUCUCCUGAUGAAGCCCUGCCAGGUUAAGGUUCUUCCUCAUGACAGCAGUAAGGUGCAUUCCUGCAGUCAAUCAGUUGGCAGAAAAAACGACUAGUAUACUUUGAAAUGUACUGACAGCCAUGCAAACUGCCUCAUCGGGAAUGUGGCUUGAGAUGGGUCCUGUCCAUGCAGAUUUACUCUGGGACAAUCCAAGGAUAGUGAUUGGUAGAUUCCCCAGGCUUUGUUUCUGCUCCCACCCAGGGCCAGCUGCCAGGGGGAGAAGCCUCCACCAGUCAUUCUCCUUCAAGUGUGGUGGAUGGCUUGGACGAGACUGAGUGGCACCUGGAAGGAAGGCCAGUGGGUUGAGCUAUUUUUCCACAGAGGUCUGCCAUUCUUCUAAAAGGCUGGUAAGCAGGUUCUCUAGUCUUGAGUUACUUGUGCUAGAAGGGGAAACUGGCAGAAUUCUUGGCAAUUUCAUCCCAGCUCCCAAAUAUCCCAAAUGGCUAAGAGUUGCUUCGAGGAAUGGCAGUGCCCACAGCUAGUGGAUACAGUUGGUAAUGCCUGAAAGUAGCCAGCGGGAUACCCAAAGUGUUGUUAGAGUAGGGCAGUGUUUCCCAACCUUGGCAACUUUAAGGUGUGUGGACUUCAAC